UCAAGAAUCUCCUAAGGUCAAAUUCAUAGUAUAUAUUGUGAAUAUCAAAAGACUAUAUAAACUAAAAAUGUCUCUAAAAACCCACACCCAAACCCUCCGCACAACCCUGCACCCAUCCUCCCUCCACCCCGGCGCCGCCAGCCCUCUAAUCCCCCCGGACUUCACGCCUACCACCGAGCUCAGCGUCUCAUUCAGCAGCAGAGCAGUAGAACUAGGUACUUUCUUCCGCGCGGGGGAGUGCAAAGCCGCGCCGCGUAUCUCGUUCCCUCCCGAAGCAGAUUCCUCGGUGGCGGUAGGUGAGACGUCAUAUACAUUCAUCCUAACAGACCCCGACGCACCCACACCCGACGAUCCGAAGUUUGCGUUUUGGCGGCAUUGGGUUGUUGCGGGGUUGAAGCCUGGGAUAUAUGAGGAGAAUGGGGAAGGGGAAGGGAGGACGUUGACGAAGUAUCUUGGGCCGGGGCCGAAGGAUGACUCGAAACCCCAUCGCUACCUAUUCCUCCUCUACCGCGAACCUCCCAACUUUACCAUAACGCCCACCGACGUCGGGGGCGAAGAGUUCGUGCAGAGACGUAGUUUCCGACCAGAUGAGUUCGCUGCACGGCACGGACUAAAGCUCGUAGGUGUGAAUUGGAUGACUUGCGCAGGCGAUGGAUGGGUUGCUCCAAGCCCUGAAGAAAAGUAAAAAGUAAAAUCAAGGCUUAGUGGGGGUCAGAAGUGGCUGAGUCGUUACGCAAGUAUGUCAUUGCCAAAGUCCGAUUGGUUCGUAUCGGAUAUUAUGUGUGCGGUAUAUUGAGAUCUCGUACAUCGCCAAGAGAUGACCUGCAUAUUCAGCUUCGCCGUUGCAAGAUCUGGAGUAGAUGUGAUAGGUCAGGUUUUACAUAUCGGAUAUUGGAUGGAUCUUUAAUAUUGGAAAACUUUUUAUCCGAGAUCU